GCAUAUAAACGCGUCGCGCGCAACGAUACCAAACCCGAAAGUAUUGGUCGGUCUUGCAUAAUAAUAAUAGUCUCGCUGCAAUACACUUUGCUCGUUUCCUGCCGAAAGAAUGGAGGGUUUCACAUCCUUUUGUAAUCCUGAAUCUCCGAACCGUUGGAGCUACGAUUCUCUCAAGAACUUCCGCCAGAUCUCUCCCGUCGUUCAAAAUCACCUCAAGCAGGUUUAUCUUGCACUAUUCUGUGCUUUGUUAGCAUCUGCAGCUGGUGCUUAUCUUCACGUACUCUGGAACAUUGGUGGUAUCUUAACUACUAUAGGAUGCAUUGGAAGCAUUGCUUGGAUGAUCUCUUGUCCUCCUUAUGAAGAGCAAAAAAGGGUUGCACUUCUAAUGGCAGCGGCACUUUUUGAAGGAGCCUCAAUCGGUCCUCUGAUUAAGGUUGCCAUUGACUUUGAUUCCAGCAUCCUUGUUAGUGCGAUUGUUGGUUGUGCUUUGGCAUUUGGGUGUUUCUCGGCAGCUGCCAUGGUGGCAAGGCGAAGAGAGUACUUGUACCUUGGGGGGUUGCUUUCAUCUGGUCUUUCACUCCUUUUCUGGAUGCAGUUCGCAUCCUCCAUCUUUGGUGGUUCUACAGUCCUUUUCAAGUUUGAGUUGUAUUUUGGGCUUUUGAUUUUCAUUGGAUACAUAGUAGUUGAUACCCAGACUAUAAUUGAGAAGGCACACUAUGGUGAUCUGGAUUAUGUGAAGCACGCACUCACUCUAUUCACAGACUUUGUGGCUGUAUUUGUCCGGAUUCUUAUCAUCAUGUUGAAGAAUGCAUCUGAGAAGGAAGAGGAGAAGAAGAGGAAGAGAAGAAAUUGAGGUAUUGGUGAAAUCAUGAUGGCUGUGCAUAAACUUGGCUCGGCAAUCCAACUUUGCUUCCAAAUGUUAUGCAGUCUUAUACUGCUGAAUGUCAUACUCACACCUUUGUUGAUGAUGGUUGGUUUAGAAGUUUCAACGUUCUGCUUAAUUUUGGAAGCUUGACUUCAGUCUGUCUAUACACCUUCCUUUGAUUUAAGGUUUUUAUUGUUCCGUGUACUAGCUCAGGCCUCGGGGUUUAUUAAAUUAACUUUUAUUAUAUGUUGUGUUUUGUAAAACUUUUUCAAGCUUAUCUAUUUGUGUAAUGCUUUAGGGUUUGAUUUACUGUUUUUUGUGGAAAACCACAAAACACAUUCUAAGCCUUCAUUAAUUUGUUUUCUAUUUUUGUGUAUCUGG